ACCUCUCAAAGGAAAGAGUUGAAAUGGAGUGAAGAAUUGGCGACGACGACCCCCCAAAAUGGUGGAUCCCAAUUCCCCCGGAAAUCGCUCGCCGGAACCCUAAUCCCUCCUCCGUCCACCCACCUCCUCGAUCCACAUGCUCCCCGCCGCCGCCGCCGCCAUGUCCUUCCCGGACGCCGACGUGGACGACGACUCCGACGACGGCGACUUCACCGACGCCCCCCUCAUCGACCCCACCUUCCCCAACCCGACCUCCUCCUCCGCCGCCGCCGCGCCCGUGCCCCCCGCCGCGGGAGGAGGAGGUGGAGGGGUGGGCUCCUCCUCGGGCGGCGGCGGCGAGCGGCGGCCCCUGUUCCAGCGGCUCUGGACGGAGGAGGACGAGAUCGUGAUCCUCCGCGGGUUCGCCGAGUUCACCGCCGCCCGCGGCACGGCGUUCGCGUCCCACCAGUACGACACCGACCCCUUCUACGAGGACAUGCGCGGCCGCCUCCAGCUCGGCUUCUCCAAGAGCCAGCUCGUCGAGAAGCUGCGCCGCCUCAAGCGCAAGUACCGCAACUGCGUCUCCCGCCUCCGCGGCUCCGGCAGCGCCUUCUCCUUCCGCUCCCCGCACGAGCAGGCCAUCUUCGAGAUCGCGCGCAACAUCUGGCGCCCGGCGAAUAAGCACGGCCGGGAAGGUGACUCCGACGACGAGGACGCUGCCGCCGCCGCAGCAGUCACCCCAGCGGCCAUUCCUGUGAAUAACACCAGCCCCAAUGGUGAAGUCAAGUCCCCAACCUCCGGGCGGCAGCGACGCCGUAGGCGCGUCGCUGAUUUUGCUGCUGCUGCUGCCGCUGCGCCUGCCACUGUUCCGGCCACAACCAACAUGGUGCAGCCCCUUCAUCCAGUGCAGGUGCCUGUAUCAGUGCCCGUCAAGAUGGAUGACAUGCUUCCGGCGCUAUCGCAGACUACGAUGCCAAUUACAGUGACGAUGGAGGGGUCAGAACCCCUCAGAUUGCCAGUCAUGCCUCCUCAGCCGGCUAUUUUAGAUGCCGAGAAGAGUUGCUUGACGCCUCUGUUUAAGGAGAUGGUACGUGCAGUGAUAAAUAUCGGAUCAAAUCCGUUUGGUGCACAGCUGCCUGAGCCGCCACAUGGUUUGCCCAUGGAAGGGGAGAAAUGGAGGAAGCAGCGUAUAUUAGAACUGGAGGUAUACUUGAAGCGGAUCGAGCUGCUCAAGGACCAGGUGAAGGCUACACUUGAGGAGCUUAAGUCCUCCGCACCUGGGACUUGAAUCAUAAAGUGGGAGGUCCUGUCUUACUGCUCAUUUAGGAUUCUUGGUAUGAUUCUUAGUGGUAGGUGCUUAGGUGUUUUUGCUUUUCGUCCAUAAAAGCAUACUGUUAACUUGUUUGGUAUUGGAACUAGCUUGUUUUUAUGCUUCUAAUUGUUUACAUGAUUAUUUAGCUUCAACUUCUUGUCUCCUUUCAUAUAAGAUAGAUAUAUGGUUGUCUCUAAAUGUUAGCCUGGAGCAGCCAGUAAGGCAUCUGAUAGAAGGGUUGGACACUUACAAGUAAUUUAUGAGGAUUACAAAUUAUUGUAGUUUCACCU